AUGGCUUUUUCCAAGUUUCUGGUAAUGUUUCUUGUGGCACUAUUAGUCGCCUCAUCCGUUGCUCAAUCCCCUGCACUGAGUUUUGCCGCCACUCCAUCGCCGUAUUCCGCCGCGGAGCCACCGACCCCAGUUCCCGCUCCUCUCGUUGCGACUCCAUCGCCAUCGCCUUCCUCCGCCGCAGAAGCUGAGUCGUCCCCUGUUUCCGCCGCUUCUCCGGUGUCCAGUGCCGCCGUCGCCGCCGCUCCCUCGCCUUCAAUCGCCAUGCCUCCGCCGUCUCCGUCAUCCACUACCGCCACUGCUAUCCUUAACUUCGUAUGGUCUAUAACGGUUGACAUUAUCGUGUUAGUUGCUUUGUUUUGA